CAACCGUCCUAGCACCGUAGCAAUAAGGCUCUUGGGGUAUAACCGUGCAAUGUUUGGCUUUGCCCCUUAUGGGUCAUACUGGCGUGAGAUACGCAAGAUAGCCACCCUCCAGCUCCUGUCCAACAAUCGGCUAGAGAUGUUGAAGCAUAUUCAAGCCUCAGAGAUUGACAUGUCCAUAAGACAUCUAUAUGAGCUAUGGGUUAAUAAAACUACUGCUACAGCAUCCCUAGAUCAAGGCCGCCCGAACCAAGUCCUGGUGGAAAUGAAGCAAUGGUUCGGGAACUUAACACUUAAUAUUAUAACUAGAAUGGUUAGGCCCAAGAGGAGCUGGACAUCCAAGUUGGAAGAGAAAGAAUUGUGGAGGAAUCAGAUAUUGAGAACCUGAAAUACCUUCAAGCCAUCAUCAAGRAAACAUUUCGCCUAUACCCAGCUGCUCCAUUAUCAGCACCACAAAUCACUACCGAGGAUUGCACUGUAGCUGGCUUCUAUGUACCGAGUGGCACACGCCUAGUAACAAACAUUUGGAAGAUUCAAAGGGACCCAGCAGUGUGGAUGGACCCAUCCAAUUUCAAUCCUGAGAGGUUUCUUACAAGGCAUACGAAUUUGGACGUUUGGGGUCAACAUUUCGAACUCAUCACUUUUGGCUUAGGUAGAAGGUCAUGCCCAGGAAUCAAUUUAGCCCUUCGGGUGGUUAACUUGACACUGGSUCGUUUGCUUCAGGGAUUCGA